AUGUGGUAUCAAAUUGUGUCAAAGGUAGUAACUUCACUUUUUCUCCCUGUGGCUGCUGUGGCUGCAUGUGGCUGGUGGCAGGCUGAGAAGACCAUGCAAGCUCCAACAUGGCAUCAGUCUGAAUCAAACAAGUGUCGAGCCCGUCGAGCCCGUCGCACCAAGCAUCAGUUUUGGUGUAAAAAGCGUCUCCAGGCUCUAUACAGUCUCGAAAAGGGGCUGCGAACAGUCGCCAGCAACGACUCCGACCAAUGCAGUUCUCGCUCCAAAGUUUCUUUUGCUGCCCGUCAAAGCAUUCAAUGCAUUCGCCGAAACGUUGGGUACCCGUAA